AUGGCACGAAUCACUACAAUCACCGGGCUUUUAAAAAAGUACGCCUCAGAUGCAAUUUCUGCGCAUGGCUAUUUAUGGCGCUGCGUUGUUGAUUUCGAGGUAGAAGGCCCUAAUGCAGUGUACACUAGGAUUACAAGUCGUAGUAAGGCCAGCGGCCGAAAGGCGGCGAGGAAGAUCGCGCUCUAUAAGGCGCUUAGUUUAAUUAAAAAAGAUCUUAAAAAGCCUGAGUCCUUGUCUUUGACGUUGAAAAGAACGAGCACAGAAUCAACUGAGUCACCUCCACCUCUUCAUGACAUCUUUCCAAUCUUGAGAAUGGCCGUCCAAGUGGCUGAUAUAGAUGUUUUGGUCGCGCACAUCGACUUUCCCCGAUCGCACAUGCCGUUGCCACUUGAGGAUGCCAUCGAGCCCAGUCGAAUUCUAGACCUGGAUUACCUCCAAAAGCUACUGAUCAGCAGCAUGCUCCAACACAAAGUUCAAUUGAACCGCCCCGCAACUCGGUCUUUGAGUUGUGCCGUUGAACACUUCGUCGCAGUCUCCAAAAAGUCAGACCCUGAAGCCAAGGUUGAGUGCGUUGGCCGUGAGCUUUGUUCAAGGCUUGGUGUGAAAGCAACCGCGGAGACCCUCCAAGCGCUCAAGGCCAUCGUCGUAGACUGGGCUUCAAAAACCGAAAAGGUCCAGCAACAAAUAGACGCGGCUCGGCAACAAAAUGACAUGGACAAAAUGAACACUGAGGAAACGACUACGGAUCAAACGGCAGCUACGAAUCCUGCCGGUCAGCAAAACCAAGACAGUCAGGCUAGCACAUCAGCACUUCCAAGCGCAAAUAUGCUUGACCAAGAGAUGCUGUCAGGUGAAGACGUCGAGAAGCUUCGGCCUAUUACUUCGCCGUAUCUACGCCUCAUUUGUGUCACAGACAGUGACCGUUGCGACGCGGUCAUCAAAUUUUAUCAGACUCUUAAGGCGAUGAAUCCUCGUCCUUUCGAGCAAUGUGUAUGCCGUUUGUCUGGUGAUGAAGUUUUUGAGAUGGCGCAGCAAAUGGAACUCCGCAUCCUCAUGCGUAUUCACCAACAAAUUAUCCAAGGUCGACUCACCUUGACUAGAGCUGCCAUUAUCAAUGAGUAUCAUACACUCCAGGCCAAGAAGUGCGAGGAGUACAUGAUUCGUUCCACCUUCUAUCGAGGAGUCAAGAAAUUCCAUCUCCUUGCGCGAAAGAUGAUGAAGCAAGCGAGGAGAAAAGUCCAACCGAUGAUUUCCAAGUCUUUCGGAUUCUUCCUAAAGACGGUUUCUCGUUGGGGGAAACGUAUCUCGGUCACUUGUCCACCACCCGCCGUGCCUGCCGUCUCCAUCGAGAUUGACAUGGAAGAUGCGGAGGCUGAAGACAAGGCCAACUUCUUCCGUCCCAGUCAGGCGACCUUCCUCUCCGCACAAUACCUUAAUGCGUUCCCGUCACUAUCGUCAAUGGCGGCUUCACUCUCCCAGCUACAAGCGACCUUCUCUGCCAACCCACAAGCUGGGCCAGUGAACAACAGUCAAGGUCACAAUAACUCCAAUCCGGCUAUCACAAUGCCACAACCAAGCCAAGCACCAGAGCCACAGGGGCAGGCGCAGGCGCAGGCAACUGUCAUGAAUACGAGCGAAACACUCACGCAAAAUGAUCUCGCCCAGCUGCAACAGCCAAUGUCGCAAACCCCUGCAGCCUUGACUAUUUCAAGCGAAAUUCGCAGCGAGAUAAUCGUCGACUUCUACGAUACCUUUGUCAACGCGAAUACCAAGAUUCCCAGGCUGAAUCAGGGCCUCGAAAACGAACUUCUCAAAGAUCUCAUGUUAGCCGGCAGCGCACCGUUCUGGAAUGACUUCGUCCCACUGUCUGCGGAGCAGCUUGCGAACAUGGCUAAGAAAUUUGAGGAUGUUGUUGUCCAGGAGUUGCAGAAGAAGAUCGGUAGCAAGACAGUAGCGCAGGCUAAGCAAGACAUGGAGUAUCGAAAGCUGGCUAGCAAGCUUGGCAUCUCUUCAAAGGCUAAGGGCAUCGAGCGGUUUGCGACGGAGGUGCAGAAUUUGCGCGAAGGAGAGAAGUCGCAGCCUUGA